AUGGAGGGCCCUCCCCCGCCCAUGCUCAUGGGCGGCCCGGGGGGGCCUUUGGACGGGCCGCCCGUGUUCGACGUGUUUGACGGCCCGCCGCCCCCCAUGCCGCCCUUUGGGCCGCCCAUGCCGCCGCACAUGGGACGAGGCCCGCCGGGCGGCCCAGGGGGGCCGUUUGGAGGGCCGCUGCCGCCCGUGCUCAUCCCCGUGCCCGGUGCUGGCCCACUGGGACCGUUCCUGCCGGCCCCACCAGACCUGGCGGCACGCAUCCUGAGGGACCCCUCCUUCCGCCCGCCGCCCUCCCUCUUCGAUGGCUUUGACGGCCCGCCGCCCCCGCCGCCCUUCGACGGGCCGCCCCUGGACCUGCCCCCUGAUGCGCCCCUCCCCCCCGCCUCUGGGCCCGGCCCUGCUCCUGGCGGCGAGGAGGGGCGCUCCCCACCUCCCCCGUCAGGGGGCGGGGGAGGGGCGCGAGGGGAGGCAGCACGGGGGAGAGCAGGGGCAGGAGGGAGAGACGGGGGAGGGGGGAGGGCAAGAGGGGGACGGGAGGGCCCGUAUGGCAGCCCGGGGAGGUUUGGAGGGAUGGGCAUGGGGAUGCGAGGCAUGGGCAUGGGCAUGGGCGGGAUGGGGAUGGGCAUGGGCAUGGGGCCGAUGGGAAUGAUGCCCAUGAUGGGCGGGCCUCCUCAUGACCCCCGAGGCAUGCGCAGCUAUCGCGACUUGGAUGCACCGGAUGACGAGGUCACUGUCAUCGAUUACCGCAGCCUCUGA